AUGAAUAGCCAAACCACGCUUAACUUACUCGACGCCACCAUUGGCGAUCUCAAACAUCUGCUGGAUACUCGAGCCAUCACAAGUGUUGAGCUUGUCGCCCUUUACCUGCAUCGCAUUGGGAGAUAUGACUGUCGAGGUCCUUGUCUCAACUCAAUUACUGUGAUAAACCCAGAUGUCUUUGCUGAAGCUCAGGCCUCGGACGACUACCGUGCGUCCGGAAAACCGCCGCGACCUCUAGAGGGUAUCCCCUUUACGGUUAAAGACAGCUACAAGGUCAAAGGCAUGACAGUCGCAGCUGCGUCGCCUGCGUUUGCAAAGCUCGAAGCUACCUGUGACGCCGCUAUCGUCGAGCUGCUUCGUAAAGCCGGCGCUGUCGUCCUUGGCAAGACCAACAUGCCCCCGAUGGCGGACGGUGGCUGUCAGCGUGGACUAUACGGGCGGUCAGAGAGCCCAUAUAAUCAGAAGUAUAUGCCCACUGCUUAUGCAUCUGGUUCCUCCUAUGGCUGUGGUGUCUCUACCGCCGCGGGUCUUGCUGCCUUUGGCUUCGCUGGAGAGGCCGUGACUUCAGGUCGCUCACCAGCAUCCAAUAACGCACUGGUUGGCUAUGCACCCUCCCGCAGUGUUAUUCCUCCCCGUGGGCUAUGGCCUUUGUACCCGACUUGCGACCAGGUCGUUCCUCACACAAGAACUAUGGAUGACCUUUUCCAAGUUCUUAACGUUGUUGUCGCGGACGAUGACGCUGCUGGCGAUGCUGACUUUUGGCGCUCACAACCAUAUGUUCCAAUCCCGAAGGUUAGCGACAUUCGACCAUCAGACUAUCUGACCUUGGCCAACCCAGACGCCCUCCGAAACAAGCGACUGGCUGUCCCUCGAUGUUUCAUUGGGGUUGAAGGUGCCAAGCCAGAGAACGCGUGCUCUGUGGGCGUCCGGGCGCUAUGGGACAGAGCACGCGCAGACAUCGAGAAGCUCGGUGCCACCGUCAUUGAGACUGAUUUCCCCCUGUUCGAGAACUACACCAGACAGGACUUUCCUGGUCAGAGCAUGAAUGUUCCCAAUCUACCAGAGGAUUGGCCAGCUAUUGAACGGUGUGAGAUGAUUGCCUUGAGUUGGAAUAGCUUCCUCCGCGGCAAUGGUGAUAAAGAUAUACCAAGCUUCACAUCUGGCGUGGAACUGGACAAGAUUCACCCUCACAUUGCCCCAAUGGAUGAUCCCUCUCAGCACACCGAGUCGCAGAAUCAGGUCCGGUACGAAGACAUGGUCGCUGCAGUGAAGAGCUGGGGAGACAAGAGCCUCGCUGACCUACCUGGGUGUCGGGAGGCGCUCCAGGCUUUGGAGGCCAUGCGAAAGAAGUACUUGGAGGAUUGGAUGGCCGAGAACAACUACGACGCUGUGGUGUUCCCGACCAAUGGAGAUGUUGCGCUGGCUGAUUCGGAUGAAAACUAUGAGUCGAUGAUGUCUGCGCUACGUGAUGGAGUCAAGUAUGCAAAUGGUGGGCGAUCGCUGAAGCAUCUUGGAGUUCCUUGUAUAACCGUGCCUAUGGGUAACCUUGCAGAAGAGAAGAUGCCUGUCGGGCUCUCUUUCUGCGGCAGAGCGUACGAUGACUCUAACCUACUGAGCUAUGCCUUUGCCUACGAGAGAGCCACGAAUCAUCGGGAGAUUCCUCCGUUGGCUCCGUCACUGGCUUCAGAUGAAAUCCCCAUUACUCUCCCCAGUCCUGCAUCUCCUGCUAUUGCGACACCAACUCUCGGCAUAGCUUCUAUUACAUCUGUCAGCGAGGACUCAGCUGACUCAGAUGUUCGAGUAGUCAAGGUGACGGGAUCUUGCUGCUUGACAGACUCAAAUGACUCCUCAAUUGGCUUAGAUGUUUUUGCCAAUGGUGAGCCAACAUCCCCUGUUAGUUGGACGGGAAACAACUGGGUUUGGACAGGUCGUCUCACUCGACCUAAGCGUGACGAUAAGUAUCCAGCUCUGGCGAAGGUCCCGAGGGAUCAGUUUCUUCUUGUGUUGGUUACAAAGUCAGAUAAUGGACGCUCUGCAGGUUCUCUUAUCUUGCUUGAUUGA